AUGGGUUUGUUCGACAAGGCUAAGGAAGCUCUUAACAACGACGACUUCAAGAACAAGGCAGAAAGUGCCUUCAAGUCAUUCUCUAACAAGAGUGGCAAUGGCGACAACAACAACAGCAGUUCCUAUGGAAACGACAACAACAAUUCCUAUGGAAACGAUAACAACAAUUCCUAUGGAAAUGACAACAACAACAACAACAGUUCUUACGGAGGCAGAAGUAACGACAACGACAAUUCCUACGGUAACGACAAUAAUAACAGUUCCUACGGAGGAAGAAGCAACGAUAACGAUAACUCCUACGGUAACGACAAUAAUAACAGUUCCUACGGAGGAAGAAGCAACGAUAACGAUAACUCCUACGGUAACGAUAACAACAACAGUUCCUACGGAGGAAGAAGUAAUGACAACGAUAACUCCUAUGGAAAUGACAACAACAAUAACAGUUCCUACGGAGGAAGAAGUAAUGACAACGACAAUUCCUACGGAAAUGACAACAACAACAGUUCUUACGGAGGCAGAAGCAACGACAACGACAAUUCCUACGGAAAUGACAAUAAUAACAGUUCAUAUGGAGGAAGAGGAAAUGACAAUGAUAAUUCCUACGGAGGCAACUCUAACUCUUACGGAAAUGACAACGACAACGAUAAUUCCUACGGAAGUGGCAGAAACGACAGAAGAGGCAACGAUUAUUAA